CCCAUUCUUCUUCCUCAUCCAAAGUGUUUUUUGCUUCCAAGUUCUCAAACCUGUGUUUCUCAUCAUUUCCACUCUUUGUUUUUGGCUUUCUAAUUCUCGAAUCUGUGUUUCUGAUCAUUUCCUUUUUUGCUUCCAUAUUCUCAAAUCUGUGUUUGUGGUCAUUUCCUUUUUUGCUUACAUAUUCUGAAAUCUGUGUCUGUGAUCAUCACCAAAAAAAAAAAAAAAAAUCUGUGUGUGAUAAUUUCCACUAUUUGUUUUCCAGUCUUCACAUAUUCUUGUAUUGUCUCAAUUAAGGGGGGAAAAAAAAACCUGCAAAAUUUCUUUUAUUUCUGAAAACCAAACUUUCUUCAUACCUUGAUUUCCACUUGGCAAAAGAAACAGCGCAGAGGAUAGUUCAGUGAAGCUACUUAUUUCUCUCAAGCUCUUUUUACUUUCUGGUAUUCACAGACAGAAAGAGAGACUAUCAACAAAAAUGGCCGAAUAUGUUGCCCCUGCUGCUGUCAGAAUUGUGGCAAACGAGGCAAAGGAAUUCGCAUCACCUUAUCUCCGUUACUUUUUCCGUUAUGGACAGAUUGUUGAAGAUUUCAAGAAUCAACGAAUGGCACUUAAAUUGACGAAACAGAGGGUGGACACUGAUGUCGAUGAGGCUAAAAGGCAAACUGAGAUCAUCUAUGAUGACGUUAAGAACUGGCUUAGAAGUGCUGAGCAAGAACUGGAAGAAACCCAGAACUUGCAAGAUGAAAUAGAUCGCGUCAAGUGUUUCAAAUGGUGUCCUAAAUGGGGCUGGCGAUAUUCCUUAAGUAAGAAACUGGCAAAGAAGACUCCUAUUAUCUCUAAACUUUUUGAGACUUCUAACUUUGCACAGGUGGGCUAUCGUCGUCCUCUUCAAGGCAUAGAGUUCAUCACAUCCGCUGAUUUCAUGGACUCUGAAUCUUCACAAUCAGCUUUCAACCAGAUCAUGGAGGCUAUAAAUGCUAAGGGUGUCAACAUGAUCGGACUGCACGGAAUGCCAGGAGUUGGUAAAACAACUUUAGCCAAAGAAGUUGGGAAGCAUGCUCGAGAACAAAAGUUGUUUGAUAAAGUUGUGAUGUUUACUAUGUCCCAAAAUCCAAACAUCAGAACAAUUCAAGAUAAAGUUGCAGAGAUGUUUGGUUUAAAUUUUCAUACAAAUACAGAAGAAGGAAGAGCAGAAGAGCUAUUCAGGAGUAUGCAACGCGUGAACAAAAUCCUCGUAAUUGUCGACGACCUCUGGGAAGAAUUCAAAAUGGAGAGAAUCGGAAUUCCAUUCGGUGAUGAACACGAGGGUUGUAAAAUUCUUCUGACUACACGUCGUCAACAAGUCUGCACUAAAAUGAACUGUAAGGAAAUUCAACUUGACAUCUUAUCCGAAGACGAAGCAUGGGUUUUAUUUCGAGAUAAAACUGGUUUAGAAGAUGAUUGUUCCACCUUGAAUGAUGUAGCCAAAGAGGUUGCUGCUCAAUGUAAGGGAUUGCCUCUUGCAAUUGUUGUCGUGGCCAAAGCUUUAAAAGGUGAGAGUUUAAAUGGGUGGAGAGACGCAAAUCAGAGAUUCAAGGACUCAACGCAUUUGUAUGAUGAAGAAGUCCUAGGGGGUGUCAUCGAGCCUCUUAAGCUUAGCUACGAUUACUUGAAGAAAGGCAUUAACCAAAUGACGGGAAAUCACAUCCAAAUGUGUUUCUUACUGUGUUCCCUUUUUCCUGAAGAUAAAGAAAUCAGUAUUGAGAUAUUGAUUAUGUGCGGAAUUGGAGUAGGAUUGUUCCCUAAUGUUUACUCGAUUGAAGAUAAAAGGAAGAAAAUUAUUGAAGCACUAAAAAAACUCCAAAAAUCUGGCUUGUUAUUGGAAACUGAUGGUGCAGAUACGAUUAGAAUCCAUGAUGUGAUUCGAGAUUUUGCUCAUUGGCUAACAUCAACGGGAGAAAAUAGGUUCAUGGUAAAAGAUAAGUUGAAAGAAUGGCCUCAUAUGGAUGAAAGUUAUACUGCAAUCGCAUUAUGGAAUUGUAGUAGUAUCAUAAAAAAUUUUCCUGAUAAAGUGGAAUUUUCAAAGCUCAAAACUUUGUUUUUAGAGGGUGAGUGGAAGAGGAACCGAGAUGAUAAUUUCCUAGUGGUUUUCGGUACAUUUUUUGAAGAAAUGAAAGCCCUCCAAGUUUUACUUCUCAAAUGUGUCAGCUUCUCACUGAAAGGAUUCCCUUCCUUACCAAAUCUUAAAACUUUGUGUUGUGUGGAUUGCGAGCUGGAAAACUUCUCAUCAUCACUGACAAAUAUGAGAAGCCUUGAGAUUCUUGCAUUGAUUGGCACUAAAAUUGAUGAGAUAAGUGAAGAAUUAGUGAAGUUGUCUGCACUGAAAUAUUUUUGUCUUUCUGGUGUUGGAGUUGAAAAAGAAAUGAAUAUCCCCCCAAAUUUGGUAUCAAGGUUGACUUCACUACAAGAGUUGUAUGUCGAAACCAAAAAUAAUCUCAACUUAUUGGAGUUGAAGUCAUUGUCUCGUUUAACUGCACUAUCACUGGAACUUUCUACUAAUCAAAUUCCUCAAGAAGAUUUUGUGCUCCCUAAACUACAAAGGUACGAUAUAGUUGGAGGAUAUUAUAGUAGCGAUCGGGAGGCGUUUAGAAGAUUGAAUAUUCAAAAUUUCUCAUCUUCAAUAAGUGCAUUUAACAAUUUAUUUUGCAAUGUGGAAGAGUUGAGUUUGAGGAAUGUUGGUGGACAAAAGAAUAUUGUGCCAAGCAUAGAUGAAAUGGGAGUAAAUGAGUUGACUUCUCUGCAUCUAGAAUCUUGCAAUGAUAUGGAAUUCUUGAUUGAUACAAAAAAGGAUCAAGGGUCAACUGUUGCAUUCUCUAAUUUGGUGGAAUUAAAUAUAGAAAGCAUGGUUUCUUUGAAAGGGUUGUGCUAUGGUGUUUCUCCGAGUAGGUUCUUGCAAAACCUUAAGCAAGUGAGCAUCGAACGUUGUGAAGAGUUACAAGUGAUAUUUCAAAUGGAUAAACUUUCUGAAAAAGUGAAAUGUCAGGCACCAUUGCUCUCAAAUUUAACAAUAUUGAAACUAUAUUCAUUGCCGAAAUUGGAGAGGAUAUGGGAAGUAAAGCAAUCCCAUCGUGCAAUUGCAAGCCUCCAAAGUCUAAAGGUUGUAAGAAUUGACUAUUGUGAUAAUCUGAAAACAAUCUUCUCACCUUGCCUAGCUUUAAGUAUGUUGCAUCUAGAAGAACUUUAUAUAAGGUACUGCGAUCGACUAGAGCAAGUCAUUGGUUUUGGCCAAGAAGACGAGAUUAUUGAGAAUGAUUGUCUUCUUUAUUGCUGGCCGAAAUUGAGAUUUCUUCACAUACAAGAUUGUGAAAGUUUGAAAUAUAUUUCUACAAACACUUUGAUUCAAUCCUUGGAAUAUGUUUACAUAAAGAAUUGUCAUCAACUUAUACAAGUCUACAACAUGGAACAAAACAUUGUGCUUCCUGAACUUGGAUCACAGGAAUCUCUGACAAAUUUAACUUUUUUGAGGUUAAUAUCAUUGUCAGAAUUGAAGUACAUGUGGAACGGACCGAACCAUUACCUCCGUAGUGUGGAUAUAACUGAAUGUCAUAAACUCACAUAUCUCUUUUCGGAAAUCACUGCUCGAACUUUGGUGCAUUUGCAAUUUCUUUGGAUUUGGGAUUGCUACUCUUUAGAACAUUUAAUCGGAGAAGCAGAAAACAUGGAUGAAAUAGAUGUUUCAAACAUAAAAGAUCAGUCUUCUCUGUUCUUGCCAAAAUUGAAAGUUGUCAAAAUUAGAAGAUGUGAAAACUUGAAAUAUUUGUGUUCAAGUCAAGGAUUUCCCUACCUGGAAUCUAUUGAUAUAGAAGAUUGUCCUCGACUUAUACAAAUCUUCAACACGGAAAAAAAUAAGGAUGGAUUUGGAUUACAGAAUCUUUGCUGGACAAAAUUGAAAACUCUCUGGAUAGUGGAUUGCCAACGAUUGAAAUAUGUGUUUGCAAACACUUUAACUCAGGGAUUUCCAUUGUUGGAAUCUGUUUUCCUACUGAACUGCCCUCAACUACUACAAUUCUUCAGUUUGAAAGAAGAAAGGGAUGUGCUUGGUGAUCACAUUCUACUUAAUGUGCCCUUUCUGAAAAAUUUAGAAGUGUCAAAUUGUCCCCAAAUCUCAUGCUUCAUUGUACAAGCUCAGCUGAUAGAGGAAUUGACUCUUAGUAACGUGGGAAAUUUCCGCCAAUUAUGCAACACUGAUGUUCCUGUAUUGAAUGAAGGUUGUAUAGUAGUUGGGAAUCAUGAAGAAGUAUUUCAAGUUCAAGGCGGGUACUCGUUCUCAAGCAUAAAAACAUUGGAAUUGAGGAAUUUAUUUGAAGUGCGGGUUAUAUGGAAUGAUUUUGCUCAAGUUGUAACCCUUGAGAACCUUACAACUCUAACACUGAGAGAUUGCAAGAAGCUAAGAUAUAUAUUUUCACCUAUGAUGGCUCGCAGUUUAUCACAUUUGAAGGGUCUUUUCAUCGAGGGGUGUGAGGAAAUAGAGCGACUCAUUUUAGCCAAGGAUCAAGUUUCUUCAUCAUCAUCAAAUGGUGAUACUAGCCUCCAACCUAUGAGCUUUCCAAAUUUGACUGAGAUUGUUGUUAUAGAUUGUAAAAAUUUGAGCAGUCUCUUUCCUUUUGGAUUUGCUCCUGUUCUUCCAAAGCUUGAAAGGCUCAUAGUAGAAAGAAAUUCUAAAUUGGAACAAGUAUUCGAAUUAGAAGAAAAAGCGGAAGUGGUAGCUGAAGAGGAGAUGAAAUUUGAUAAAUUACUAAAUUUAUCACUUGAAGAACUACCUGGCCUCAUUCACUUUUGUCCCAAAGGAUAUCAUUUUGUAUUCCCAGAAAUGACGCAGUUGAAAGUAAGAGAUUGCCCUAAGUUGACUACUGUUUUCUUCAUUGAUUCACAGAAAUUUAUACAUUGCAAAACAAAGGUACCUCAGUUGGUUGAGCAAGAGGCGGUUGAAGAGUCUACCACUGUUUCAAAUGUAAUUUUCAACUAGAAUAUAGAUUGGAGUCGAUGGUGGCGAUGAGAGUCAACUACCACACAAUACAUGAAAGAAUGGAUGAUUUUAUGGUAGCUUUCAGAGCCAUGUUACAUCAGUAGGUGGAGCAAUGUUGCUCGGAUGUUUUUAGUUAAUUGUCUAAUAUAAUUUGUGUAUGAUAGAACACGACAUUUGUCGGCGCUUUCCCACAAACGCCGCUAUAGAACAGGACCUUUAGUGGCGCUUCCUACAAACUCAGCUAAAGAAUAUUACCUUUAAAAAGAAUUAUUUUAAUUAAAUAAUAUUUAUUUCUAUAAUAAAAUAUUUUAUUUUA